GUGACGCUGUUGCCGGAAGAUGGCGGCGGCUGCUCUCCAGUCCUCAACUCCGGCGUCGGCCGUGGCGACAGCCACGACAGCGGCUCUUGGGGAGGUAGAAGAUGAAGGGCUCUUGGUGUCCCUAUUCCGGGAUCGCUUUUCCGAGGCCCAGUGGCGGGAGCGACCCGAUGUGGGCCGCUAUCUCCGAGAACUGAGCGGCUCGGGGUUGGAGCGGCUCCGGCGCGAGCCCGAGCGCCUGGCUGAGGAGCGGGCGCAGCUGCUGCAGCAGACGCGCGACCUGGCCUUCGCCAACUACAAGACCUUCAUCCGCGGCGCGGAGUGCACCGAGCGCAUCCACCGCCUCUUCGGCGACGUGGAGGCGUCGCUCGGCCGCCUGCUGGACCGCCUGCCCAGCUUCCAGCAGAGCUGCAGGAACUUUGUGAAGGAAGCGGAGGAGAUCAGUUCCAAUCGCCACAUGAACACCUUGACUCUAAACCGGCACACAGAAAUCCUGGAAAUUCUGGAGAUUCCUCAGCUCAUGGACACCUGUGUCCGGAACAGCUAUUACGAAGAGGCCCUGGAGCUUGCAGCCUAUGUUCACCGACUGGAAAGGAAAUACUCUUCCAUCCCUGUCAUCCAGGGCAUUGUGAACGAGGUGCGCCAGUCCAUGCAGCUGAUGCUGAGCCAGCUGAUCCAGCAGCUGAGGAGCAGCAUCCAGCUCCCCGCCUGCCUCCGUGUCAUUGGCUACCUGCGGCGCAUGGACAUCUUCACGGAGGCUGAGCUGAGGGUGAAGUUUCUUCAGGCCCGCGACGCCUGGCUCCGCUCCAUCCUGACUGCCAUCCCCAGUGACGAUCCCUACUUCCACAUCACAAAAACCAUCGAGGCCUGCCGUGUCCACUUGUUCGAUAUCAUCACACAGUACCGCGCCAUCUUUUCUGACGAGGACCCUUUGCUGCCCCCGGCCGUUGGUGGGCCCCCCGUGAAUGAGGGCGCCAUCUUCCACGGCUGGGUGCUGCAGAAGGUCUCCCAGUUCCUGCAGGCGCUGGAGGCCGACCUCUUCCGGGGAGUGGGCGGCCGCCUGGACUCUCUGCUGGGCCAGUGUAUGUACUUUGGGCUGUCCUUCAGCCGUGUGGGGGCCGAUUUCCGAGGACAGUUAGCUCCUGUUUUCCAGCGGGUGGCCAUGGCCACUUUUCAGAAAGCAAUUCAGGAGGCAGUGGAGAAGUUCCAGGAUGAAAUGAACUCAUACACGCUCAUCUCUGCUCCAGCCAUUCUGGGCAGCAGUACUGUGCCUGCUGCUGUGCCAGCCACUCCGCCAGGCACGCUGCAGCCACCCAUGGUACUCUUAGACUUCCCGCCCCUGGCCUGCUUUCUUAACAGUAUUCUGGUCGCUUUCAACGAGCUGCGUCUCUGCUGCCCUGUGGCCCUGGCACAGAGUGUGACAAGGACCCUGGAGGAUGCCCUUGCCCAGGUAACCAAAAUAAUCCUGGCUUUUCAUCGCGCAGAAGAGGCCGCCUUCAGUAGUGGGGAGCAAGAGCUCUUCCUCCAGUUCUGCAUGGUCUUCCUGGAAGACCUUGUUCCGUAUUUAAACCGCUGUCUUCAAGUCCUUUUCCCACCAGCUCAGAUAGCGCAGACUUUAGGCAUUCCACCCACUCAGCUUGCCAAGUACGGAAACCUUGGGCAUGUGAACAUUGCUAUUGUCCAGGAGCCUCUUGCCUUCAUCCUGCCUAAGAGAGAGGUGGUCUUCUCUCUAGAUGACCAGGAGGUAAUGCCAGAGUUCAUGGGGCCAGCACCAAAGCUGUCUGCGGAGCAGCCCGGCCUGGAGCCGCCAACGGACCCCGCAGAGCUGCCCCGGGAGCCGCUGCCCCGGGAGCCCGUAGAGCUGCCCCGGGAGCCGCUGCCCCGGGAGUCCGCAGAGCUGCCCCGGGAGCCCGCAGAGCUGCCCCGGGAGCCCUCAGAGCUGCCCCAGGAGCCGACAGGGGCAGAGCUGGGGGAGGGGGAGCCGCGGGCCCCGCGGACCCUUGGGGCGCCGUAGCUGGCGUUGGGCCUACGCGGUGCGGGGCCUCGUCCCGCGCAGGUUGGGUAGCAGCUACCAGCCUCGCCCAGGACAGGUUCGAGGGACAUUGAGAACUUGAUGUCGCGGGUUACUCCUGUACCAGGCCGGAAUGGUAAUAAAGCUAAUUAAUG